AUGCCUGGAAAUCACGGGGAGAUUUCGUUGGAUGAUCAGAACGGAGGCGACAACGACAGCAACAACAAGGCGAGGAGGAGGAGGAAGAAGAAGAAGAAGGACGACGACGAUGCGAAAGAAGUUGGAAUUGCGGAUGGUUUCGAGGGUGUGAAUCAAUCGGUAAUGCCCUCGAUUUCAAAACCCAGGAAGCGAUUUAUAGAUAGGAUCAGGAAGAAACCCAAAUCGCCGAAGCGAUCCUCUUCUACUUCUUCUUCUUCGUCGCGUUCUGGGUCGCGUAAAGGAGGAUGCUUUUCUGUGAUGAGACCUCGCAGAAGAGAGGAGGAUGGUGAUUCUUCUCCGACUUCUGAUCCUAACGAUGAAAGCUUUACUCAUGAGAUGUUGAAAGUUAUGUUGGAGACUAAUGAUUUCUGCUCUGACGAGUGCAAUCCUCAUCGGUGA